CAGUUGCCUAGUGACGAAAAACUAUCGGCUGCUGCUGAUUUCCUGCGUUUUCAAACUCUCAUCGCUGGCACUGAGCUAACUACUGCGAAGUUUCCCCGCACAGAUUUCAUGUGUUUUUAUCUGUGUCUCUGCAGCCGGACUACGGGCCGAAAUAAAACCCUAAUGGUCGCUGGAUGUGUCGUGUAAUGUUUCAGAAGCCUGUGAGGUCGCGGUAUGAAGCGUUUUGAAGAAGGAUGAAUAAUUAUAUUUUCAUCAGGGUCGUUGGGAAAGGGAGCUAUGGGGAGGUGAACUUGGUGAAACACAAAGCAGACCGAAAACAGUAUGUUAUUAAGAAGCUGAAUUUAACCACCUCGUCCAAGCGGGAACGGCGUGCUGCUGAGCAGGAGGCGCAGCUUCUUUCCGAGCUGCGACAUCCUAACAUUGUGACAUACAGGGAGUCUUGGGAGGGAGACGACUUCCAGCUGUACAUUGUGAUGGGCUUCUGUGAAGGCGGUGACCUUUAUCAUCGGCUCAAACAGCAAAAGGGCGAACUGUUACCUGAGAGGCAGGUGGUGGAGUGGUUUGUUCAGAUAGCCAUGGCCCUCCAGUACCUGCAUGAGAGAAACAUUCUUCAUCGGGACCUUAAAACACAGAACAUCUUCCUGACCAAGACAAACAUCAUCAAAGUUGGGGACCUUGGCAUCGCCCGAGUACUGGAAAACCAGAAUGAUAUGGCCAGCACCCUCAUAGGGACCCCUUACUACAUGAGUCCAGAGCUUUUUUCUAAUAAACCCUAUAACCACAAGUCAGAUGUAUGGGCCCUGGGUUGCUGUGUGUAUGAAAUGUCCACGCUGAAACAUGCGUUCAAUGCCAAGGACAUGAACUCCCUGGUCUAUCGCAUAGUACAAGGAAAGCUGCCUCAGAUGCCCAGUAGAUAUGAUCCCCAGCUGGGAGAGCUGAUCAAGAGCAUGUUGUGUAAGAGGCCUGACGACAGGCCUGAUGUCAAACUCGUCCUCCGGCAGCCGUACAUCAAACGACAAAUUGCCAUGUUCCUGGAGGCCACUAAAGAAAAAACUGCCAAGUCAAGAAAGAAAGCUGUGGGUGGCAGUGGUGAUUUUAGGGCCAACAGCGCAUCGUCUGCGUCAUCUCAACCAAAACCUGAGAAAAGUCCCCAGCAUGAACCUCUCGCCAGGGUGAAACGGAAAGAAGAGAAAUCACAGCAACAUAAAGUUCGGAACGGCCUCGCUGACUGCACUCCAGUCCAAACACCUCUGCCACCCAAACCCUCCUCACCUGAUUCUCUCAAAGCCAGCAUUGUAUCCCUGGCAACCAUUAGCAACAUUAAUAUUGAUAUCCAACCACAGGAGGAUGAGGACGCGAUGAGGAGACAGGUGCAGGGGCCCCAGUCAGUUGUGUCGCACCAACGAGCAGGUAAUGAACUUGUGUACAAAGACAGCAAGGGAAGGGGGAAACCAGAUCCUUCUCCCCCUCCUUCCCCCGUUAACCCCCCUCUGAAGAAGUCUGUAUCAGGUGUUGGCACUGGGGGAGGCGACGAGAGGAAAGCACCCAAUGGAUUGUUAGACAAUCGUCCACAGGCCUUGCCGAGCCCUGGGGAUACAUUUUCUGUCUGUGGGGAGAAACGGAUGUCAGAUGUGGAUGAUAAGGAUGAUACCAUGGAGUUACUUAAAGAGGCUGAAAUGCAGAACCCAGUGCUCAAAGUGGAGAAAGAGGCUUUUUCUCUCCCUGCACACGAAUCCAAUAUAGAAAAUAUCGGAGCUGUUGUGGAAGUGAAUAUAGACAAUAAAAAUGACACUGGUAUCCUUCUCAAGGGAGCUCCAACACAACACCAUACCUCAGACAUCCAAGAAAACCUAGAAUCUACUGAAAAGCUGUUAGAGCCGUUCCCUCCAACAUUGGACCCCCUUCAGGAGGAAUCUCCCUCGCCAGCCAGUAAGCCGGGUGUGACCACUGUAUGCCAAACACCCUUGUACUUUUCAUCAGAACCUUCUGUAUCAUGGCAGCACAGAGGGAGGGACAUAAGACGGACACCUGGGGAUCAGGAAAAGUUCAAGGUGGCUGCUCCUAGACCUUUACCUCCACCUCCUGUUGAGAGCAUAGCCGUGGAGGGGAGGAAGAGAAGCAGGAGGAGCACAGAGAGCAAGAAAGCUGGUGUAGCUGCAACCUCCACAUCAGUUGGUUCCUUUAAGGACGGAUUAUUACCACUGCCACAGGAUCGUCCUCUUUCUGCCAGAGAGAGAAGACGACUGAGGCAGUCCCAAGAAAGUGUGAGCCAACCAGGUGUUAGUGGUGUAAGAAGGGCAUCUUAUGAUGUCACUUCCACCAAGGAUGAGCACUACAAUGCCCCAGUUACCAGAUCUGUUUCAGCCACUAUCCCUGAGACCAACAAUAAGGUACUGACACCACAUUCCUGUGACAAUGAAUUGUACUUGGUGCAGUCGUUAAAAAGGAACUACUGGUGUGACAAAAAACAGGAUAAGCUGCCGGAGCGACGGUCAGAUGAAGAUGAUUGCAACUCGUCCACAAGUUCCACAGAACGUUCGGAGGGAGACUGCAGGGAAAGGAAGACUGAAUCCAAUGACAUGCAGGAUUUAGUUCACAUGAUGACCCAAACUUUGAGAAUGGAUAUUGGAGAUGGUGGAAAUGAGCCGGACAAAGGCAGGUUUGGCUCUACUGCACUGCCAGAAUUUAAGCUGAACAGGAAGUACAGGGACACCCUGGUGCUUCAUGGGAAGGCUCGAGAAGAAGCAGAGAACCUGUCACUCGGUGAAAUACCAAUAGGCUCCUCGUCUGGUCCAGCUAAGAUCAGGAGAGCCAUAGAACACCUGAGGACAGAUGUGGUGAAGGGCCUGGGGGUCAAGCUGCUGGACAGAGUCCUGGAAAUCAUGGAGGAGGAGGAUGACACCAAACGAGAGCUGUGCCUUCGUGACCAGAUGGGGGAUGAGAAGUACCAAGCUUAUGCUGUGAUGGUGAGGCAGCUGAAAUUCUUUGAGGAUAUCGCCUUCCAGGUUUAGAGAAAAUGCUGUAUACAAGGGAGCACACACGUUUGCAUUUCCAUGACACUACUUGUUAGAAAGUGGUCACAAGAGGCAAGCAUCUGGACAGAAACUUGGUCUUUGGGAGAAAUGUGAAAACCAGUAGUUGUGAAUUUGUUUCCUGCCAAAAGACCACCCUGCAUGGAUUGGAUGAAUUCAUGGAAUUGCCAGGAUACAGCUGCUCUUGUUAUGUAAAUAACUGUGAAAAGUUUUUUUUUUUACUUAAUUUUUCAACCAUAGAAUUUGUAAUGGAUCCUGUAAUUUUCUGGAUGUCUAUGCAAACGUUACGAGUCAUGUUAAAGCACUCUUCUUUACACGUUCUGUAGUGGAUACUAAUUUGUUUAUUUAUAAUGCAGUAAUUUCAAUAAUUGCUUAACAUAAUGCUGUAUCAUUGAAGACACUAGAUCUCACUUCUGCUGCUGUGUUGUAUUUUCUUAAACACAAAAUAAUGUAAUGUAGAAUAAUGCAUUGUGGAUAUUAACAUUUGAAUGAUUUCUAAUAAAUCCUAAAUGUAA